ACUUCCAGUUACUGCAACAGCAGAAAACUGCAUUCUUACUAUUUACCCAUAUAUGGCAAUUCAUCCGGAUAAGCAAAACAUUAUUUUAAAGAAUGAUAAGGAUGAAUAUCUUAAGAAGACUAGAGAUGGUGUUUUGCCUCCCUACCAGGAUGCUAAAUCACCCUCUCCUGCUUCAAUUAAAAAGACAUACACCACUAGCAAAUUCAACAAUGCUGAACCUGCAAAGGGAAACUUAUUUAUUGGAGUGGAAGUACUGCCUGAAAAUUUGCACUUGGAUGAAAGUGAAACAUCAAAGGAAGAUGAUGGAUCUGUGGAAAAGGAAAAAUAUGAACAAUUCCUUUCUCUUGAAGAAGGAACAAAGGCACACUACUUUUUUGAGAAGGUUGUAAAUGCAGCACAGACCUGGUUCAGUCUCUUUGGCUGGCCUGAAGGACCCCAUUCUUUUUCUAUUCCAGAGACUAUAAGAAGGGAUGUAUAUAAAAUGCAAUUCUACUCAUCAACCUCGCCACCCCAAAAGUUUUCCAGACAGAAUGACUUUUCCAAAUAUAAUAAGACCAUUUAUGAUGUGCUGCUCCAUUUGAGUGGAAAAAUGCCACCUGGAAUUAAUUCAAGUCAAUCUUUACCUGUAGAUAACCAUGAAAAAAGGGUAAUUCAACUCCAUUUGCAACAUUCCUCACUUCUGGACUUUCUCAAAUAUUUACCUUUUGAAUUUGUGUGGUAUAAGGAAUAAAACAUGGGAAUUGCAUUGCAGGACAUUUAUAUAAGAAUGAAGAAAAUGCGGUGAAAUAUAAAAAGUGGUAAAAGAAAGGGUGAAAACUUUUCAUUCCAGGAAGGAGAGUGUAACAAAUGAGAGGGUCAAGUUGGAGCAAACAACGUAAAUUUUUUUUCUCAGAGUUCUGGAUGCUAGAAGUGCAAGAUCAAGGUAUUGUCAGGGUUGGUUUCUUCCGAGGCUUCUCUAGUUGCUGGCAGAUAAACUCUUCUUGCUGUGUCCUCACGUGGUUUUUCCUCUGUGUACCAUUUCCCUGGUGUCUUUCUGUGUAUUCAAAUGUCAUCUUCUUAUAAAGACACAAGCCAAACUGGAUUUGAUACCACUCUAAUUACAUCAUUUUACAUUAGUUAUCUUUUUAAA